AAAACCAUCACUUCUAAUCUAUAAUGGACCGCAAGCAAAAUUUGAAGAGGAAAAUUACCGAAGAAGAUGUUCUUCGUGAAAACUCUCGCCGUCUAUAUCUUAUCGAAGAUAUUGUUCAACACAUCGAUCUGUUAAACUCAGUCUCUUCGUCGUAUGAUCCGGAUAUUGGUCAUGCUCAAGAUGCUCUAUGUUUUCUUUCCGACCUCGCCAAUGAUGAGGAUACUGUGAAUCUUUUGGUAAUUUGUGAUGUCAUUCCAUCUCUGGUGAAGGUUUUGCAUAUGGUGUCUAAUGGGGGUGAAUUCGAUGUUGAUACUUACGAUAUUAAUAGAGACUGUGUCUUUAUCCUCGGUCUUAUUGUUGUCAAGCCUGAGUAUCAACAACUUAUUGUUGAUGCUGGAGCCUUGCCCUGUCUUGUAGACUUGUUGAUGAGACCUAAGGCCCCUGAUAUUUCUCAAAUACAUUUUUCUCAUCUUCUUGGGAGAGUAGCCGAUGUAAUAACCGAUCUUGCUCAUGAUAAUAACAGCAUCAAGACCCUUGUCAGGUUGGAAGGUGGCAUCCCUCCUCUUGUUGAUUUGCUUGAAUCCGAUGAUACAGAGGUACAUAGAGCUGCUACAGAGGCUUUAAGAACUCUUGCAUUUCAAAAUGCUGAGAAUAAAGACCAGGUGCUGGAGCAAAUGUUAUAUCUUAUGCGCUUCGGGGAAAAGGUUGUUCAGAAACGUGUAGCUCUUGCUCUUGCACAUCUAUGUUCCGCCGAUGACCGUAAAGCUAUUUUCAUAGACAAUAAUGGAUUAGAAUUGUUGUUGAAUCUUCUUGGAUCUACAACCAAAAAGGAGAAGCGUGAAGCCGCUGAAGCGCUUCACACAAUGGCUACCAAAGGAAUGAGUGUCUCUAUUGUUGAUCUUGCGCCUGCAUCCCCAACUCCACUGGUUUACAUGGGUGAGCAAUAUGUUAACAAUCCAGUACUUUCUGAUGUCACAUUCAUAGUUGAAGGCAAACGCUUUCAUGCUCAUAGAGCUUGUUUACUUUCAUCUGAUAUAUUUCGCGCAAUGUUUGAUGGUGGUUACAAGGAAAAGGAAUCCAAGGAAAUAGAGAUUCCCAAUAUCAAAUGGAAUGUCUUUGAGUUGAUGAUGAGAUUUAUAUACACCGGAACAGUAGCUGUUGAUUUAGAUAUUGCCCUGGACCUCCUUAAAGCUGCAGAUCAAUAUCUUCUCGACGGCCUUAAGCGUAUUUGUGAAUCUGUUAUUUAUGAGGACAUUUCUGUGGAAAAUGUUUCAGUAAUGUAUGUGAUGUCAGACACCUAUAAUGCUACAUCGUUAAAAUAUUCAUGCAUACUCUUUAUCUUGAAGCAUUUUGAUAAUGUGAGCGCCAAACCGUGGUAUUCUCGCUUUAUCCGUUGCAUUAAGCCGGACAUUCAGAACUUCUUCUCGACUUUACUUACCAUGCCUAAACACGCUAGCUAGUGCUGAUUCUCAGAUUUUUAAUCUUUUCGAGAAGAAUGAAAAUGUACAAAGUUGUUAAUAAAUAUAUUUGCAUGCCAUUUUUUGGAAACAACCUUAGAGCAUGUUUGCUUCUACAGGGUUAACAAACUCUUCAAAGUUUAGCUUCUAUCCAAUUGCACAGAAGCACCCUGAUUUUGU